GAGAAAUGGGCACAACUUCAACAACAGUUGCAUUAUCUCUUUACAGUUAAAAGUAUCUGUUAAGUUAGUUAAAAAUCGUUAUGGUGGUUAGUAGUUUGUUACAACGGCUAUCAUGAGCUCGUUCUUCAACCAGUUAGUAUAAAUAAACAUCUCACUUUGUAAAGAACUGAAUCAAUCAAUCAGGAAAAUCCACACAAUUUUCUCUCAUUUGUUUUCACUUUCUUUCCCUUCUCUGCUUUCUUCACUCUGCUUCUUUCUUUGCUCUACUCUGUUUGAGCUCUCAAACUCAGAUACCCAAUACAGAACUCUUACAAAGAUGGAAGCUUUAUUGCGCUUCACACGUCCACCGGCCAUUGCUAUCUUACGCCCACCAUUGACAUGCUCCUCCAAGAAGAGAGUCAGCGGGUUGAGAGCGAAACUCGAUGAUAGCACUGACCCAUUACUCCAAGCCGCCAUUAAUUCUGCUUCUCUUCGUUAUCAGGAGACCCAUCGACCUGACCCGCUUUUUCUAGACACAUAUGCGGGUUGUUUCGUUCCUCCUCCUGUUCAGACGGAUAUCAAGCAACACUCAGACCAUUAUUGUCUUGCAACAAGAUUUAUUGAUGAUGCGUUGCUUCGUACAGUGAACCAUAUUGAUGGAUUUAAGCAGGUUGUUUUGUUUACAGAUGGCAUGGACACUCGGCCUUAUAGGCUUGGUUGGCCGGCUUCAACCUUGAUAUUUGAUAUAUCGCCUGAAAGGGUAUUCAAAAGAGCAGCACAGAAGCUUCAAGAUAUUGGGGCAAGAAUUCCAAGAAACUGCUUGUUCUUUCAUGUUCCAAUGGAGUCCCUUGAUAUACAGCAAACCCUAUGUGCGAAAGGUUUUACUGGUGAUCGGCCAAGUAUAUGGGUCAUCCAGGGGUUUCCUGUGAUGACUUUGGCCAAUUUUGAGGAUAUUUUAGUUCUUGCAAGUAAUUUGGCCAUGAGUGGAUGUUAUUUCUUGGGAGAAAUGCCAGCUUGGUUGACACAAACUGAAUUUGGACCCAAGUCAACUAUAAGGCAAUGGAUGAACAAACUAUUCAUGAGCAAUGGGUUCAAGGUGGACAUGAUUAGCUUUGAGGAUGUUGCAGGGGAUUUACACAAGCAAUUAGCAUUACGACAUUACAAUAAGAUACUGUUUGCUGCAGAACAAUUACGACUUUCUGAUGAUCAGAUGAGAACUUUUUGGAGAGAAUUUCAGAGGUUGGAGGAACAAGGGGAUGAAGAUGGGUUCGAAGAGCUCUAAUAAGUGUAGAUAAUGUUUUGUUUUUCUUUUUUUUCCUUUUUUGUUCCUUUUUGUACAUGUUUCAAUGUCUGGCUCCCCCGAGGAGGUGGACUCUGGAUCAUUAAUGGAAAUAAUGAUCUCUAAUGCCAAAAGAGAGAUGCAAGCACAAAUGCACAAUAAAGCAAGAAUGCAAGAGUUAGGGAAUGUAGUACAUAGGUGUCAUCCUAUAUACACCAGGUGCGUCAUGUAAUACACACAUAGUUUCAUGAUGACCAGAAGUUAAAAUACAUGCUAUAGGGAAUAUAGCACAUUGUUCUA